GGACUUGUCAUGACCUUUAAGUCAAAACACUUAUGAAUGUUGACAAUUCACACCCCCAAAAACGAAUAAAUUUAAAAAUGUGCACAAGUUCGACCAAUCUGCUGAUCGAAGAGGAUUCCUCCAAGGGCAGUAUCCACCCGGAUGGCCUGGCCAAUGAUCUUAUAAACAAGAUUUUCAGGGAGCAUCCUGAGCGUGGUCUCCACGAAGAGUCGGACUCCUUUCCGUCGUCAUCUUUGGGUCAGACCCCGGAAAAAUGUAAGAGCACAGUGGACCAUCGACUGGAGUACUGGAAGAACAUGCUUAUCCAGCGACGGGCGUUGCAAGAAAGACUGCGGAACCAGGUGGGCAGGAUGCCGGAACAGAUGGUCUUCAAUCGCCAGGAAAAGGUAGUGAGGCGUUCGGUGAGGGGCUUUGUGGAGAUUGUCGGACUUCCCUGCCAUUCUGCUGCUGAGCUGUUAGGAGGCAUUGAUCCAAAGGAGGAGUAUCUGAAUGAGGAUUAUUCGAAGAUUUGUGAUCUAGAGGUGGUGGGCAGGAAGUGCCAGGACUAUCAGGAGAUCCCAAUCGCUGAUCCUUGCUCUAAAACCACUAUCAAGAAGAGCUCCACUGAGCUCUCAAGGUCGAGCGGAGGAAAUGAGCUCGUCCAAUCGGUAAUGACGCUCCAACAACCGUCGACCGGCCCAAGUGUCCGUAUCAACGGAUUCCUUUACAUGCCACACGUCCCGGAAUUCUCGCCCAUUGUAGAUAGGACCUUUAUCUGCCAUCCCUUCCGGCGCCAUCUGCGCAGCAUAGUUCGUAUCGAAAAUAGUGGAAACCAUGAGUUACGCUUCAGUUGGAAACAGGUCAACUUCUUUUCGGGCAAUGACACUCUCAUGGAAGCCGACAGCGGAGACUUUGUGUUCGAUGUGGGCCCUUUUAUGCUUUCUCCUGGCGAGUUCCGGGAUGUUACUGUUCUGUAUCAACCGCGUUGCGUGGCUAUUGUAAAGCAACGCUGGCUGCUCUCCACCAAACCACGAAUCUUCUUCUGCCGACCCUGUGGCUUCACAUUGAACCUGAACGGUCGCUGUACUCCGCCCAAGGAAUACCUCAAGCGCCUGGAAAUGGAGACCCUCGAGAAUAUUCCCUUUUUUCCGCCGGUGCAUCUGGAGCAACGGGUCUCGAUCCUCUGUCCAUAUGAUCGGGAGCUGGAUGAGCGUGAGGCUUUCAAUCGACGAAACAGGAGCUUCCAUUGCCAAACCCACGGAGACUUGGAUCUCCUCAAGCAGUUUUACGAGCGGGCAGGGCCCGCACCAUUCCUUCCCUGGGACUACAGUGUGCACUCGCUAAUUCAUCGGGUGUGUAAUGAUCAGGAUGCUCGGCAGCGCAUUGUACACCUAUCGGAACUGACCAAAUUGCUGGACGGUUUGCGAGGAGCACAUGGUCUUCCACUUGGCAGGGCGGACUCAUUUGAAAGGUUGAGGGAACGCUACUACACAAAGGUGCUUUAUGUGCGAGGAAUACUAACCAGCCGCUUGGAGGAAUGGGACGAUCAAGUGCAGCUCCUCCGGACAAGAAUGGCCAGGGGAGAUUACCAGGAGGACUCUACCCAUUCCAAGCACUUUCAUGAUUCGAUAUACAUCCAGUUGUACGGAUUGAUCUGCAAUGCAGCCGAAGAUAUUGUGUCGGUGAUUGAGAGCACAGCUCAGAUUUAG